GUGUGCAGCACCCAGGCCAGGUUCGACAGCAGUUGCUCGCCACUCGCUGCUGCCAACGACCAGGACCAGGACCCUGGCGAGUGCUCAACAGCGCGUGGAGAAAGCGGAGGGGCGAAAAACGAGAGCGCAUGUCGUGCUCGACAUAGCGCCGCGAAACCGGCCGCGACUCGACCCAAAUGCCCUUUUCUGACAACGAUUUUGCCUCGAGCACGCACCUGCAGAGUCGGCGGUGACACUGCGUAUCCCUGCAGCUUUGGAAGCGGGCGACGGCGUACACGCUUGCACACGACCGAGAACACGAUGGGGCUGCUUGCCGUGGGAACGCCACUCGAAUGGCCAGAGGCCAAAAAGGUCGCUGCACACGUGCGAGAGUGGGGCAUCGAGCAACUGCUGGCCAUCUGGAACCGCUCAAAGGGCAAGGAGCGCGACGCAUUGUUAUGGGGCGAUGAGAUCGAAUACCUGGUCGUUUCCUUCGACGAUGAGAAGAAAGAGGUCAAGCUCUCGCUACGCCAAGCAGAGAUCCUGGAGGCCCUCGCCAGAGAUGAAGAAUUACUCAGGCAGGGUGGAGGUGUACCGGACCUGGCAAAAGGCGUCGUGAAAUCUUCAUGGCCUGCUCCGACAUUUCAUCCCGAAUUCGGUCGAUUCAUGCUCGAAGCCACACCCGGCAAACCGUGGAGUAUCAACUUGAAAGACCUCCUCGAUGUGGAAACGGACAUGAAAUGGAGACGCAAAAUUGCCAAGGACCACAUCUAUCAGCACGAGUAUCCUAUCACACUGACCACGUUCCCGCUGUUGGGCGAUCGCAAAUCGAUUACUCCAUAUUUCCCUCCGUCGGGCCCCAAGCUUCGCUCGCAGUUUGUUCCGGAUGAGAUCGCGAACCCUCAUAUCAGAUUUCCGACUCUGGCGGCAAACAUACGGUGGCGUAGGGGGCGGAAAGUAGAGCUCAAUGUGCCAGUAUUUCACGACACGAACACGCCGAGCCCAUGGAAGGACCCGACUGUCAACUACGAUCUGCACGACUGGCCCGAAGAUGAUGACGUGAGAAAUGGUGCCGCCAAAGACGAUCACAUCUACAUGGACGCAAUGGCCUUUGGAAUGGGCUCCUGUUGUUUGCAAAUUACCUUCCAGGCCAAGAAUGUCACCGAGGGCCGCAUAAUGUACGAUCAACUCUCACCACUGGGACCAAUCCUCCUCGCUCUCACAGCAGCAACGCCAAUCUAUAAAGGCUUUUUGGCCGAUACCGACGUUCGCUGGAACCAGAUCAGCCGGGCUGUUGAUGAUCGCACCCCCGAGGAAUUGGGCGAGAAACCACUUGUGAAUGACCGAUGGCGCAUUCCUAAGUCACGAUAUGCCAGUAACAGUACCUAUAUUGCUCAAGACCCGCGGCUGCGACAGGAAUAUCUCGACCCGGACUUGAUUGUUGACGAGAAGUUGAAGUCGCGACUAGUCGAGGGAGGAAUGGACGAUCUACUGGCGACACACUUCGCGCAUCUGUUCAUUCGCGAUCCGAUCGUUGUCUUCAACGAAGACUUGAAAGAGCUUGAUCUCGACAAGACCGAUCACUUUGAGAACCUGCAGAGCACAAACUGGCAGCACAUGCGGUUCAAGCCGCCUCCACCAGGUAGUGACAUUGGGUGGCGCGUCGAGGUGCGGCCAAUGGAGAUUCAAAUCACUGACUUUGAGAACGCUGCAUUCUCUGUGUUCGUGGUCCUCAUCACUCGCGCAAUCCUGAGCUUCGGCCUCAACUUUUAUCUACCUAUACCGCGGACAACAGAGAACAUGGAAACUGCACAUAAACGAGACGCCGUGCUCAACGACAAAUUCUACUUCCGCAAAGAUCCUUUGCCAAAGAGAUUGCCCAGACUCAACGGCGCGUCAGCACCUCCUUCUGGCACUAAUACUCCCCAGGCUAGCAGACCACCCAGCCCAGGUCCUGUCGAAGAUGAGUACGAACUCAUGACGGUAGACGAGAUCAUCAACGGCAAAGCCGACGGCGGUUUCCCCGGUCUUAUCCCUCUGGUCGAAUCCUACCUUGACAGCAUCAAUGUGGACGUCGAGACUAGAUGCGAGCUGGCGCAAUAUCUAGCUCUGAUUAGGGGCCGCGCGAACGGUACGUUGUGGACCGCUGCGAAGUGGAUUCGUCAUUUCGUGCGUGAUCACAGCGACUACCAGAAGGAUAGCGUGGUUCAUGACAAGAUCGUCUACGAUCUGGUCAAAGCCGCAGAGAGGGUUACUGUGCACGAAGGUCGGGAUGGUUUCGCCAAGGAAAUGCUAGGACGAUCCAGGGAGCAGUGAAUGGCGACAUGAGUCGUAAUGUGAGAGCGAUGGCGACAGCGUGCUGCUUAUGCUAUGCGAAGCGUUUCGCAACCACCUGAGAAUGGCCGGCGGCUGGUGAACAUAGCUUUCGGGGAGACCAUAGACCUACUCAUAGAUACGAAAGGCAGCCUCACGUCCUGUGCACGCAAUUAGUUCCUU